CCUUAGAAAAUUCCAAAGUGGCGCGGUGAACGUCGCAAUCAAGAACGAUCGUGUCUCGCGCUUCGUACAUUAAUUUCGUACGUCCUUCAAGAAACACUUUUUCAAAUUCGCGUGUGCGCAAGAGACGAGUGUCACGAGAAGGAUUCAUAUUAGGUGUAAUCGGUGGAAAAACCGCGUUUGUCCCGUGCCGAAAAUCGACAAAAUAAUGAGCGAGAAAAAUUAGAAGAGCCCUCGUGAAUUCAUUAAGGGAAGGACGGAGUUGUGUUGCGCAUGUCUAAGCAAAAUUGACUUUAUACCGUCUUGUUUUGCUUACGCGGCUCAACUUCAAUUUGUACCGUGCGUUUUUAUCUAAAUCGAACUGAGAAAAAAAAGACAUCAAUUUACCUGUACGAUUAGAGUUAGUGUUUCAAAAAUACAACUUGGAGAACAUCAACUUCCGACAUGGUGCAGCAGGAGCAGGCUCACGAUGCGAAGCAACAAAUUGCAACCAGUCCAGAGGAUACAGAGGACAUACCUGCCGGGCAACAGGGUCCUCAGGUUCCUCGACGCAGAGGAGGCAUAUCUGCAGAACCGGUUUCUGAGGAAGAUGCGACCAGUUACGUUAAGAAAGUCGUACCUAAGGACUACAAAACAAUGGCUGCUUUGAGCAAAGCGAUCGCCAAAAAUGUUCUUUUCGCUCAUCUUGAUGAAAACGAACGUUCCGACAUAUUCGAUGCUAUGUUCCCGGUCACGUUUCUACCUGGAGAAGCAAUUAUUCGUCAAGGUGACGAAGGUGACAACUUUUAUGUAAUCGACCAAGGGGAAGUUGAAAUCUUUGUAAACGGAGAAUUGGUCACAACAAUCGGUGAGGGUGGAAGUUUUGGUGAAUUGGCAUUGAUCUAUGGCACUCCACGUGCCGCUACUGUUCGAGCGAAAACCGAUGUGAAAUUAUGGGGUAUCGACAGAGACUCUUAUCGUAGAAUUCUUAUGGGUUCUACUAUAAGAAAACGGAAGAUGUACGAGGAAUUCCUGUCCAGAGUUUCGAUUUUAGAGUCUUUAGAUAAGUGGGAACGGCUCACAGUAGCGGAUGCUUUAGAACCAGUAGCAUUUGAUGACGGUGAAACAAUAGUCCGACAGGGUGAACCAGGUGAAGAUUUUUACAUUAUCGUUGAAGGCACAGCUGUGGUUCUUCAACAACGCUCAGAGGGCGAGGAACCUACGGAGGUUGGCCGCUUAGGGCCGUCUGAUUAUUUUGGUGAAAUUGCAUUGUUAUUGGACAGGCCGAGAGCAGCGACUGUAGUGGCGCGAGGUCCAUUAAAAUGCGUAAAGCUUGAUAGAGCAAGAUUUGAGAGAGUUUUAGGUCCUUGCGCAGAUAUUCUGAAACGCAACAUCACUCAGUAUAACAGUUUCGUGUCCCUGUCCGUAUAAAUUGCCGUACAAAACAACAUUAUCAGUCACUCAGAUUCUUUUUAUGGAGCUACGUUUCACUAUUAACAUUUUUUAUUUGAGUAAUAUGUAAGUAUUAACUGUCUCAUGCCAGCUAACGAUAUAUGUUUUGAGAAUUAUAUAUGUUGAUCAUCUAAAUCUUAUAAGUUUCAUUUUCAUACUUUUUUUUUCAGUAUAAAUUUUACGUAGAUCUCAACUCUAAUGUUGAUGGGUCUAAAUUGAAAGUUUAGAACAUCUUUUACUUUUAAAUCAUUGCAUUUUGUUCAAUAUCUCGAUAGAUCUGUUUUUCAGAUUAAAAAAAAACCAUUAUCUUGUAUACUUUGAAAGAUGUCAGUAACAUAUAUAGUUUUUAUAACACAAUUUAAUUAAUUAGAAAUGCCGUAAUACAUAAAAUCAUUACGCACUUUGAAUAUCGUAACACGGCGCUGUAAGAAUUAAUCUUUGAAGUCUUUUACACGAACGUUUUCCUAAUACACGCGAAAAUUUGACAAAGUUUUAGUAAAUGUGUGUUUACUUCGCAAUAUUUGAUGUUCGAAGCAAUGAAUAAAACAGGAAAUUGCAUUAUUAAAUUUUCGAAUCUCAAUUUUUGUUAAUAAUGAUAUUUAAUUUUAUUAUUUAUUUAUUGAAUUUCUUUAAAAUGAAUUUUAUAGUUUUAUAAAAAUGCGUGAAAUGAUUAUUAUGUGCAUUUCAUGACGUAGUCAUUAUUCAUUUACACACGUAUAUGUGAAUGGUCUUGGAAAAAAUAUUUUAAAAAAUUCUGAUAUAAUAUCGCACAAUGUUGUUCGCAACCUGUACGCAAAAGAUGAACCAAGCGAUUUAAAAAAGGAUCUCUUAAAAAAUCACGAUCUGAACAUGUGUGAAUCAUGCGUAUAUUUCAAGGAAAAUUGUUACUCAAGUAUUAAUAAUAAUAAUUAAAGUAUCUAAUCA